CUUUAUUGUUUGGUUGUUGCGUAAACUGCUAUCAGCAUGUGAAAUGCGCGAAUAUAAACAAUCAUAAUUUGUGCUACUGCAUAUUUUACACUAGUCGGAGAAUAACUAUUUCUUUUGAAAAACUGUAAAACAAGUGCAAUUCAUCAGUCAUGGCUACAAUGCUGCCAAAACCUUUGAACCCAGAGGAAAAGCCAAAGGUUGAUACGUCAAAGACUACCGGAAUAUUCUUCCCGAAUUCGGAACUGGACGAGGUGGCAAAGCACUUUAUCGGAAAUAAUCACAGAUUUCGCGAAAACAUAAUAAUCCCAAAGAUGUACGGUGCGGUGCAGAUCAAAACCAACGAAGAGAAGCUGGUGGAGGCUGCCUUCGAAAGUUGUGCGUUCAAAUCGCUCAUGAGUUGUGUCCUUGGCUAUGGAUUGGGUGCUGCCAUCGGGUUGUUCAGUUCAUCGGUCAAUCCCAACAUAGCGGAUCCACUGGCAGCUGAGAAGCAGCAGACCGCUCGGGAGAUCUUUCGUGAGAUGAGACAAGCAACGCAUUCUUAUGGUAAAAAUUUCGCUGUUAUUGGGGCCGUGUUUGCUGGGGUGGAAUGUGUGAUUGAAUCGAAACGUGGCGUAUCAGACUGGAAAAAUGGUACCUAUGCCGGAGCGGUUACAGGAGGACUAAUAGGUUUGAGAGCUGGCAUCAAAGCAGGUAUUGUUGGUGCUGCAGGUUUCGCUGCGUUCUCUACAGUUAUCGAUUACUACAUGCGGCAUCGAUAAGAAUAAUGGCGUUUUCGUUUUUUCUUGGUGCUACACCGGUGUAGUGCAAAGAAAGAGAUAGACUGAUUACACCCAAGUUUGAAUGAUUGUAGCACCGACUACACCGGUGUAGUGCACUGUCAAAAACGAAUAUGCCAUAAGAAAUAGGCGGCGUAGUAUAAAUUCAAUGGUUGAUGAAUAUGAUGAAUAUAAUAAAAAGUCAUCCUACUGGAA